AUGGUUCUCUGGAAAGUUGCCAUGAUAGUAGCAAAUUCUUCUGCAUUCUAUGUCAUUACUGGGCUAGAAAAUAAGUUCCCAACCACCAUCACAAUCUCCAACAACUACAAAGAGCAAGGGAAAAGCUUCACAAAACUCCCAACCCUCACAAGGAAGUGGGGUCUUUGGAAAAAUCUAUUGAGAGGUGAGACUGGGCUAAGGUUAGAUCACUUGACUGGAGCUAUCAUCGCAUCUGAUGAUUGGUGGAAUUUGAAGUUGCAGAGGUAUCUUGAUGCGGCCAAAUUUCGUGAGAAGCCAUUGACAUUGGUCGAUGACAUGGACAUACUAUUCUCUAAUGUUUCUGCAACUGGUGAGUGGGCAUACACCCCAAGCUCUGGAGUGUUUCUUGACACUGAGGGAUCUCACACCCCACUUGGUGAUGAUACUGAUACGGAAAUCCAUCCAUCUGAAUUGAGCAACCAAUGUCGUCACCAAAAAGAGGGUCCAUCAAAGAAGCAAAAAGGGAACAAAAAACAAUCGGUUGUCGGUGAGUUGAGUAAGACACUUAACCGCAUUGUCGAUGCUGCGGAGGCAUCAUCUUCAACUGGUACACAGAAUGCUGCUAUGCAAAAUCGGCACACAAUAACUGAGUGUUUGGCUAAGAUUAGCACAAUCUCUGGCAUUAGUGAAGAUGAUGACCUUUUAGUUUGGGCUGCAAGGUUGUUCAUGAAACCCUCACUUCGUGAGUCUUUCAUGGCUUUGCCUAAUGAUGUGUUGCGUUUGAAGUUUAUUAAUCUUAAAAUUGCAUUGGAAAAAGCUCGCAUUCCUGGUUUUCGUGAUUAG